CUGCCCUGCAGCCCCUAGCCCCAGGAGGGGAUGGUGCAGAGCAGGAAGGGCAGCUUGGAGAGGAUUUUUGUGCUUACCGAGGUAGGCGCGGAGUGAGCUGGCUGCCAUCCCGAGCCGCCGGCUCUCCCGGCCUGCUGGGUGUCUCCACUCCCGCUGACUUCAGCCUGCAGGAAUGUGCAGCGGGCCCUGCCGUCUGCGGGCACGGGAAGCUCCUGGGCUCCCAGGGCUCCUGGCCAUGGACUCCCGUGGGCUCACGGAGCCAGGCCUGGGCUCUGACUGGGAGGGAAGACAACUCCUGCUUCAGCUCCUCGGAUUUUCACAGGAUCUGUGCCUGCCCCUGUAUUUCACAGCAGGAACCACCCACCUGGCCAGCACUUCAAGCACGUCUGUGAGUCACCAGCGCACAGGCACAAAGGAGCGAGGAGUGACACAGCCAGCUCUGUGUCCCGGCCCUGGGGUGACACGGGCAGCAGUUGGCACGGGCUGGCAGUGCCCCGUGCCCUGCGGGGCAGGGGCUGUGCCAGCAGCACAGUCUGGACUGGGCUGGGGCAGCACCUGUGGAUAACUGCACUGCCACCGUGGCUCUGCUCGGCUCGCAGCGGUGCUCCCGCUCUGUUCUCUCACUGCUGCUUUGAACUGCCGUUCCUGCCUGAUUGUUCCCUCAGUCAAAGGAAAAUGAGCUCCAAUUGAGGUUAACUCCUUUCUUGCUGUGGUGUCCAGCCUGGCCCCCACUCACCAACCUGCUUUUGACUUCACUACCAGUGAUAUUUUCUCUUUGUGGAUUUCCAUCAAUAUUUAAUGCAGCGGUGUCGGUUUUGCUGUAAGAUGAGAGGAUCUACUAGAGACCUUGAAUUAUACAUCCCGUAUAUCCGGGGGGAGGCUGGAAGCGUUUUCUUUUGGGCCCGGGCUCUUGGCGCCGAUCUGCAGCAGCCGCAGCUGGAAGCCCAGAGAUGGAGGAGCCCCAGCAGCAGCAGCAGCACGAGGAGCGGCCCCGCAGGGUGAGGUUCCGCAUCUCCUCGGCCGGCAGCGGCCGGCUGCUCAAGCAGGUCUACGAGGACGGGCAGGAGCUGGAGCCGCCGGCCGAGGAGCGCUCGCGGCGCUUCCUGCGCCACAGCUUCGAGCCCGAGGAGCCGCUGUGCGGGCCCGGGGAGCUGCCGGGGAGCGCCGAGAGCCUGUGCUGGCCCACGGCCCUGACGGCCCGCAGGAUCAGCGUGCUGAGGGAGACUCAGCCCCAGGGGCUGCUGGGGAGCGCGGGCCUGCUCGGCGACUGCCGCCCGGGGAGCGGCCUGUGCGAGCCUUCCCCAGUUGUAGAUUUUGGCAAGAUCAUCAUCUACACCAAUAACCUGAAAAUCAUCCGUGCACCGAUGGACGAGAAGGAGCUCAUGAGAAGAAUGAUCCAGACUGAGGGAAUAAAUGACUGGACGUUCGUGUACCGGGAGAAGAAAGAGCGACUUGGUGGUGGGCAUGAAACAGAUGUGGAGAAUAUGGUCACGUGCAACCAGCAUGUGCUGGAGGGCUAUGCUGAACACUGCUGCUCCCAGUGCAGAGGCUCGGGCUGUGCUCCCUGCUCGCUGUGCCACGGCAGCAAGUUCUCCAUGCUGGCAAACCGAUUCCGGGAGUCCUACCGGGCGCUGCGCUGUCCGGCGUGCGACGAGAGCGGGCUGCAGCCGUGCUGGGUGUGCGCCGCCUGAGCCGGCCCGGGCCCGCCUGCCCGCGGCGGAACGGGGUUACCGGGCGGGAGGGUGCUCUGGACACGGGGAAAGGCGCUCUGUACAUAGGGAGCACUCUGGACACGGGGAAAGGCACUCUCUGUGCGUGGGGAAAGGCACUCUGUACAUAGGGAGCACUCUGGACACGGGGAAAGGCGCUCUGUACAUAGGGAGCACUCUGGACACGGGGAAAGGCACUCUCUGUACAUAGGGAGCACUCUGGACACGGGGAAAGGCGCUCUCUGUACAUAGGGAGCACUCUGGACACGGGGAAAGGCGCUCUGUACAUAGGGAGCACUCUGGACACGGGGAAAGGCACUCUCUGUACACAGGGAGCACUCUGGACACGGGGAAAGGCGCUCUGUACACAGGGAGCACUCUGGA